AAUAAUAUUACAGAAGUUAAUCAGGACUCUUUCUCGUUAACUAAAGAAGUAGUACAGAAGAACAAUUUAAUAUUUGAUUUAAAAAAUAUAAUUGUAAAUCAUGAAAAAACAAUCGAAGAUUUAAUGGAGAAUUGUCGUAUUAAAAGCUACAUAAUUUGCGAAUUAAAAGAUAAAUUAAAACACGAAUUAAAAAAAAACGAUGAUAAAUUGCAUUUUUUAAAGACUGCAAACGUUAACUGCACGGAACCGUUGUCUUCUAUUUCUGAUAAUUUGUGUAACAAAUUUGACAAAGACGAAAGUACAAUUUUUGAUUCUAUUUGUAAUGAACCUCGUAAGAUGUGUGAGAAACGUUAUCCAAAAUUAUCCAAAUUAUAUCAGCAUGCCAGAUGUCAUAAUAAGUCUAAUAAAAAGUCUAUGGAUUGUAAUAAAAUAAUAAAGCAUAAACUACUCGAUGCCACUAUUUUACAAUGUAUUAAAUAGAAAUCGAUUUCCUCU